GUGCUGGCGACACACACUGGUGUUCCCAACGAAGAAUCUGAUGGCUUCCGGUGGCCCAGCCGAGCAGCAGAACCCGAACCUUGUCCAAGGCAUGGGAGGUGCCCCAAGCACUUCAUCUGCUUCGCAACUGAUUCAUAACCCCGUGAUUCCCGGAGCCUCCUCCUUACUUCCCGGCUCAUCGGCAUCGAUCCUUUCGUGGAACCAG